AUGGUCAUUAAUAUCAUUAACGUAUGGUUGAUUUGGGGAAGUGCAUUUGAAAGUAUUUGUUUCUGUCUCGUCACAUGGAUGCUCGGAUGGACCUCGUUGAUGCUCAUCUAUACAAUAUUGAAUAAUAAACUCGUGUUUUGUGACUUGCUUAAGCUCAUGUACGAGAAUGGAUCUACUCUAGAUAUACAAUCAGAACAACAAGAGAUUGACAAGUACAUCAAACACUCUAAAAUGUGCAAAAAUUUGAUUGUUUUUACGACUUUUUUAUGUGCUGGCGGUGGACUUGUGUGUACUUUUUAUCCUGUAGUUAUUUAUUUCUUCACUGGUGAGGCUGUGUUGCCAUAUGGGUUUUUCAUACCUGGAGUCAGUACCACAAGCAAUCCCGGCUAUCUUAUUAACUAUGCUUAUCAAGCUUUCCAAUGCUUUUUAACUGUACUAGGAACAAUGCAGUCAACAUUUCACAUUUACUUGCUAUUUUCUAGUAACACAUUUUAUCAGAUGGAUAAUUUAAUCAUCAAGUUGCGUAAAUUAAGUGCAGCUAUCGAAUCAAACCCCAAUAUGCGAGGACAUGAGGAGCAAAUUAUUCAAAUUAUCAAAAUCCAUAAUCGCAUGAAAACAUAUAUGUCAACUGUAGAUGGCGCAUUUAAUAAGAUGUUCUUUUUGAAUAUUGCUAGUUAUUCCAUCAUGAAUGCCAUGACUCUGUUUGUUUUGGUGACAAAAUUUUGGUUUAUUGGAUACUAUUUGCUCGGAGUGUUAUUUGGUUUGAUCUUUUUGCCAUGUGCUAUUGGAACAGCUAUUGAGGUUAAGAAUACAGCAUUAAUUGAUGCAGUUUAUGAAGUUUCGUGGUACUUGCUGACACCGAAGGAACGUAAGACGUUUUGCUUGUUUUUGAUGGGAGUUCAAACAACCCAAAUGCCCACUUGUGGAGGCUUUUUGCCCCUAAACAUAAAUACUUUUCGUAUCACGUACUCAAAAAUCUAUACAUUACUGAUGUUUUUGAAGGAUACUCAAAAAUAA